CUCCGUGACGCCUCUUCCUUGGACAAGUGUGCGUCACUUCCGGGAAGAGCGCACCUCGCCAAUCAGUAUUGAGGCGGGUGCAGCUGGUGCUGACAUUCGGCUGUGAUUGACAUUUCUUUGAUUCUCUGGGACUGCAGUUUCGCGGCAAGACUGACGGCUGCGGCUUAUUGUGGACACGUGGACUGUGUCAGGGAAGCGCGGGUUAUCACUUUUCUACAAGCCUUCCUGUCUGAAGUGAAAAUUUAAGCUGUCAUAAGUUGACUCAACUGUUGACAGAAAUCUUUAAAAGGCUGUGCCUGCACGUCGUAUGGGAUCUUAAUUCCCCCACCAGGGAUCAAACCUGAGCCCCGUACAGUGGAAGCGCCGAGUCCUAACCACUGGACUGCCAGGGAAUUCCCAAUGAGUGAAGCUGAGCCCAGAACUAUGCAUACUGUUUAUCUUAUCAAAAUGGGUGGAAGUGAAGCAAUCUGAAGGAAAUUCAAGACCACAGAACUUACUGACUGAACCACAUUGUAUUGUUCAUGCCAAGAAUAAGUGUUUGGAGAAAGACCUUGCUAUUCUGCUAAAUCAUGAUGGAGGCAGAAGAACAACAGCCAUGGAAGACAACCUUUUACUCAGAAUUACCUAAAGUGGAACUUCAUGCCCACUUGAAUGGAUCCAUUAGUUCCAAUACCAUAAAGAAGUUAAUAGCCAAGAAGCCAGGUCUUAAAAUCCACUAUCAGAUGACUAUGAUUGACAAGGGAAAGAAAAGAACUUUAGAAGAAUGUUUCCAGAUGUUUCAAAUUAUUCAUCAGCUUACUACUGGCCCUGAAGAUAUUCUAAUGGUCACGAAAGAUGUCAUUAAAGAAUUUGCAGAUGAUGGUGUCAAGUACCUGGAACUAAGGAGCACGCCCAGAGAAAAUGCUACAGGAAUGACUAAAAAGACUUAUGUGGAAUCUGUACUUGAGGGUAUAAAACAGUCCAAACAAGAAAACUUAGACAUUGAUGUUAGGUAUGUGAUAUCAGUCGACAGAAGAGGUGGCCCUUCAGUAGCCAAGGAGACUGUUAAACUUGCUGAAGAAUUCUUCCUUUCUACUGAGGAUACAGUUCUUGGCCUUGACCUCAGUGGAGACCCUACUGUAGGACAAGCAAAAGACUUCUUGGAACCUCUUUUAGAAGCUAAAAAAUCAGGUCUGAAGUUGGCAUUGCAUCUUUCAGAGAUUCCAAACCAAAAAGAAGAAACACAAGUACUCCUGGACCUGCUUCCUGACCGAAUCGGGCACGGCACAUUUCUCAACUCCUUGGAGGGAGGAUCCCUGGAUCUGGUGGACUUUGUGAGGCAACACCAGAUACCGCUCGAACUCUGUUUGACCUCGAACGUCAAAAGUCAGACAGUUCCAUCUUAUAAGCAGCAUCAUUUUGGAUUCUGGUACAGCAUGCUCCAUCCUGCCGUGAUCUGUACCGAUGAUAAGGGUGUUUUUGCAACAUACCUUUCUCAAGAGUACCAGCUGGCAGCUGAAACAUUUCAUUUGACCCAGUCUCAGGUGUGGGAUCUGUCUUAUGAAUCCAUCAGCUACAUCUUUGCUUCUGACAGCACCAAGUCUGAUCUGAGGAAGAAGUGGAAUCAUCUGAAGCCAAAAGUGUUCCAUUUUUAAGCUGUAAUGAGGUGAACUACUUUCGAGUAUGUAUGACAACCUAGAUCUCCCUGCUGUAUCCCACUUAGUAAGCUGUCCACUGCUCCCUCCCGUGGAAGCAUAGCAGCCAAGUGCCGUGGGCUCCAACACUAGCACCUUACUCACGGCGGAUGCCCAGUCUCUCUUAAACUGACUGGCAGGCUCUGAGGUCGUCCAUGGCUCACCUCCAUGCUGCUUACAGGAAGGGACUUGAAAGUUGCUGCUCACUGAACUCCCCAUUCCAGCAGUGAUUUUGACUUAACAGUCCUUCAUUAGUGAUCAUGAAACUUCAAGAAAAUCAAAGUAGGUUCUCAUCAGGAAAAGUUUUGGAAUUACUAGUCUAAAUAAGGUGAAGAGAGAAGGAAAAACAGAUUGUCGCCAAAACCUUUAAGCCAUCUAGCUUGUGAUGACAGCUCUGUAUUUUGUUGUGCUUACUUUAAUCGGACUCCUUUCACUUAAGUAUUCCCCAGAACUGUGGACUCCAGGGAUACCAUGCAUUUUUGUGAAUCCCAGUAGCCAGGGUUAAUCUCCUUUGGGUGGGUGACCCUAAGUGACAGAUAAAGCUAGCUUCUGAUAUCUGCCUUUGCCCUUCUCAUGAUUAAUCCUCCUGGAGUCAAGAUACAUUUUAGAUUUUGAAUCGAACAAUGGAGAGAGAAUUGAUCCAUUCUUAUGUUCAUAUCUCAUCUUCCCUCCCCUACCUGGUUACCAUAAAAAUAAUUCUCUACAGAGUUGACAAGACAGCCUCUAUACUCAGAUUACAGUAAAAGAGAAAUGGUAGUGCUC